AAUUGUUUCAAGAUAGAUUAAUUAUGUAAUUAUGUGUGAUGGAUAUGUAUAUAUUUUGACUGUGAAUUUACGAUUUUUGUUGUUCUGUAAAUGUUUAUUUUUAUUGGCCGGUCUUUUGGUAAACUGGUGAUCCAAAUAAUUGAUGUAAUUGAAUUUUUUGGUUACAGUAGAGUUAAAUGGUUUGUUCUGAAUAUGAGAUAAGCUCGAUGAUGUCAACUAGUAAUUGAAAUGUUUGGUGUAAUUGGUGGGGGCCCGGUUGAUUUUCCAUGUGAAAUUAACUUAAUAAUAUCAUGCUCCAAGUGUUUGAAGAGAUGUUUCAAAUAGAUUUUGGAUAUGAACUAACAUUGAGUACAGAUGCACACUCAAAAUGUCAACCCUGGCUGCACCUACCCUUUGACGUCCUUGAAAAGCUCGUCAAUCAUCUCGCCUAUAAUAUAUUAUAUUAGACUGCUGCUAGAUUCAGUUACGAUCAUGGCUGCUGCUGCUGCACAUUUGGGCGUUGGUUCCGUAACCACCCCUCUCGAUGGUGACUCAUCGUUUCGGAAAGCACAUUUCAAGACCCACAAGAUUGGCUUCUCAUGGGAGCUAAAAUCACACUCAAGAUACCAAGCCAUAGUGUCACACUCACAAAAUGUUAAGGCCCCUAAAGUUGCAGUUUCACCCUUGGAUCUUGAAGAUGCAAAAGAACCUCCACUCAACUUAUAUAAGCCAAAGGACUCAUACACUGCAACCAUUCUCUCUGUUGAAAGGCUUGUAGGCCCCAAAGCACCUGGAGAGACUUGUCAUAUUGUAAUUGAUCAUGGUGGCAAUGUUCCCUAUUGGGAAGGACAAAGUUACGGUGUAAUUCCACCGGUUGGGAAAAGGAAUAGAAGAAUACUCGGCUGCAGAUAUGGAUGA